AUGACGCAGUCAAGCUGUAUUGGUCUUUUUCUUCCGGCAUUGGCCGCCAAAGUCAUGACAUCAAAGCUUAUGCCCAGUGAGACUGUUUUGGUCCUCACAUCAGAUGGCACUGAGUUCCCCCAAACAGAAAUACCCAGACCCACCAACCAGAAACAUAAUGCUGAGACUAUGCAGUUCCUGUGCAGGUUGAUGGUGUUGAGCUUGGGACUCAUUUUGGUAUCUUCUUCCUUCUCUUAUCAAUUCAUUCCAGUGUUUUCCACCCUGCUGAAGGCUAGUUACCCAUUCAUAGGAGCCUUCUGUUGGUUUGUAAUCUCUGGAUCUCUAUCAAUCAGCAAAGGGAAAAAGUCCAUUAAGCCUAUUGAGACAUUUCUCAUUUAGGUUCAAAGCAGCCUGAUCACAGACAUUAUGAGCUGUUCAUCUGCUGUAGUGGGUUUCAGUCUCCUCUCUAUUGGUCUGGUUGCUUUGGGCCAUGCCUCACAGCAGUGUGAGUUGGACAAAGAGGUUAUGCCAUCCUUACAGUAUAGUUAUUACUAUGGUCUUCACGCAUAUAUUGCCAAGGAGUGCUCCAUGGCCACCACCAGUGUGACUUUAACGAUGUCUAUGAUGGUAAUUUUCACUGUGCUGGAGUUCUGUCUCUCUGUGAUUGCUACUGUGCUUUGGUGUAAACAGGCUCACUCUGAUUUCCCUGGGAGCAAGCUUUCCCUGCCUUGGAGUGACAAGAGGAAAUCCAAGAUGCUCUCCAAAAUGACUUUUGAGCUCUGAUAUGAAGAACUAUUGACUUCUUCAAAAAAGUGGGAAAAUAUUUGCCAGAAAAUUGAUCUUUAAGAUAAUAUAUGACGUCCAACCAUUACAAGAAAACAAAGUUUGAGUUCCCUGAAU